AUGGAAGCACAAUUCAUUAACGGUAGCAUUACUCGCGACAAUUCGAAGUAUAAUCAUGUAAUAUCUGUUCUCGAACCUGAGUAUUUAUCAAUGGUUUCUGACUUGAUUCGUAGUCCUCCCGCGGAAAACAAAUAUGAAUCACUUAAAAACCGUCUAAUUAGUGAAUACACUCAAUCUGAUCAAAGGAAACUCAGAGUUUUACUCACUGAAAUCGAACUUGGUGAUGACAAACCGUCAUAUUUGCUACGCAAAAUGCGUGAUUUAACCAAAAAUGCUCUCACCGAUGAGGCAAUCAAGUCCCUUUGGAUUGAACGUUUACCGGAAAACGUUCGUGCCGUCGUGGCAAUUUCAAACGACGACCUCAACACCUGUGCUACCUUAGCAGAUAAAGUUGUCGAAUUGACUGCCCCAAAACUAAUUUCGCAGAUCAAAUCGGAUAACACACUCCUUCAAUUGAACGCUCGUAUCGAUGAAUUAGCCAAAUCUUUUCGCGAAUAUACAAUAUUAUAUUUACGACAUUAG